AUGACUGCUACUCAAAAAGUAUUCGCCCAAUCCUUGUUGCGUUCUGCGAGUUUCAUUAAAGCCAUUGAUGCUGCCACUUCCGUCUACAUUGCUUCUCAAGAAUGGAAGAAUUAUUUACUCUCUUUUAAUAUUGUCUUUCCAGUGCCUUCAUGUACCACUGCGAGUGUCAAUGAUUUUCCAUCCACUCUUGAUUUAUCCAAAAAUGGAAACAUCACCUCCCGAAUGCCAGUCAUCAAUAUGUGUUAUGAAUAUAAUGCAUUGCAUCCUUGGCCACUCAUUCAUCAAAAGGCAGGUCAAUUAUUGAUUUCAACAUUGAAGAAUCGUUAUAACAUUCAGGAUUUACAAGUCAAUUUCACAACAGUGAAUACCACCUUGUUAGGAUAUUUUGGAUCUUUGAAAGCUUUUGUGGAUAGUGGAGAUUGUGAUGUUGCCAUUGCUUCGACGAAUUGGGAUAAUUCAAGAUUGAGUCAAGCUCAUUUUCAAUGUGCCUACGGAACAAGUUUUAAUGGAUAUUUACGUUCUGGACUUGAUAUUGAUACCAUCAAAGUGUCAUCUGUGUAUGAUCUCAAUCAAGCAGCUGUCAAAGUUGCUGUUUACAAAGCAACGACUUAUGAUCAAUGGGCCACAGCUAAUCUUCCUAACUCUCAAAUUAUUCGUUUUUCUGGAGGUUACUACGAAGCUUGGCCAAUGAUUCUCAACAAUCAAGUUCAUGCCUUAAUUACUGAUGCUGCUGACUUGUUGACAUUUUUGGCAGCAAAUAAGGCGAAUUGCACCUCGUGUCGAGUCGAUGUGUUUGGAGAUCAAUUUUCUUUUGGAAGUUUUACAUCAAACAAAAUUACAACCUCACUUGCUACUCGUUCGAUGGUUUUUAAUUUUUUGAUGAUGAUGAUAUUUAUGAUUGGUUUUGAUUUGAAAUCUAUUGCUCAAUUUAGCAUUCAUGACUACACGAAAAACAACAUUCCCCUAAAACAAAAAAGUUUGGUGAUAGUCGGGAUCGAACCGACGACCAAUGGCUUAUUAGACCAACGCUCUACCGACUGA